AUGGUGCUAUCCUUCGUCCUCAUCCAAAAUCGCCAAGGCAAGACUCGCCUGGCGAAAUGGUACGCUCCAUACAGUGAUGAAGAGAAAAUAAAACUCAAAGGCGAAAUCCACCGCCUCGUCGCGCCCCGCGACCAAAAGCACCAGUCCAACUUCGUCGAGUUCCGCAACACCUCCAAGAUCGUCUACCGCCGCUACGCCGGCCUCUUCUUCUGCGCCUGCGUCGAUACCAACGACAACGAGCUCGCCUACCUGGAGGCCAUCCACUUCUUUGUCGAGGUGCUGGAUGCCUUCUUCGGGAACGUCUGCGAGCUGGAUCUGGUCUUUAACUUUUACAAGGUCUAUGCGAUUUUGGACGAGGUGUUCCUCGCGGGAGAAAUCGAGGAAACGAGCAAACAAGUGGUAUUGACCCGGUUGGAACAUCUGGAUAAACUGGAAUAA